CACAAUUAUCCAGGGGGGAUGGGGGGGUUAUUACCACUUACAGGCUAAAUAGAGAAUAUUAUGCUGUUUUAGUUUCAGACAGUUGUAACUACCAAACGACUGUCUUCACUCAUAAUAACCUGGGUGGAGAUAUAACUGGAAUAUCGCGUGUUUCCCUUGUUUAGUGGCAUCAUUCAGGUCCCAGAAAACCGUGUAAGUGAAGUGAUCAUGCAGCAGUCAGAGAAGGCGACGGUAGAUGUCCAGUUUACUGAUCUACCUAACGCCCUGAUCGCCUGCAGAGUACCGGAGGAUUUAUUCAAUGAAGGCAGCAAGCAGGCCAGCUUCGAGGCCUUGUUCCAUUCAUUCGACCCGGAGGUUCAGUUCCAGUACUUCAAGUCUUUUCGUCGGGUCAGGAUCAGUUUCAGUGACGCUCUGGCUGCAGCUGAGGCCAGACUGAGACUGCAUAAGACUGACUUCAAUGGAAAAGAGAUGAGACUGUACUUCGCCCAGUCCGUUCACAUAGGGAGUCCUCGGCUGGAGCCUCCUAAACCUGACAAGCAGUUUCUGAUCUCCCCCCCUGCUUCACCUCCAGUGGGCUGGGAACAGUCUCAGGACGCCACGCCAGUCAUCAACUAUGACCUGCUGUGUGCCAUCUCCAAACUAGGACCAGGAGAAAAGUACGAGCUCCACACUGCCACCCCCACCACCCCCAGCGUGGUCGUCCACGUGUGUGAGGACGAGCACGACGACAGCUCGGCCCAGGACGACAGCGACCAAGACGACAAGCCCCGCCCCUCCCGGCCGAAGAUCAUCCAGACGCGGCGCCCCGACUACACGGCAGGCGUGAAGCAGUGAACGAGGACAGGCGGGGCAUUGACAGUUUGACAGCUGUAAUAUUUCAUCCUGAAGUGAAUGGGUUCAAAAGCAGAGCAUGCUCUCAGAGCUUUAUGAAGAAGGUUUUGGGACUUUGGAGAGGCACCCGCCAGUGCUGCGCUGUCCCGUAGACGAGCAUUUCAUAAGCUGGAGAGAGAAAACAUAGUGUCCAAUGCUGCAUUCAUGUCCCGUGGGAAAGACAGGAAAUAUGAACUUCCUCAUGGAAAUUAUUACUGUUGAGUUUAGCCAUCAGGUGAUACACACUUGUGAAUUUGACGUUUUGAGAUGGAACUGAAGGACAUGCUAGUUGUAAAAUAAUGUAUUUUAUUAUGAUGACCAUGGCAGGAGAACAUGUCUGCUGGAUUUGUGGUCUGAAGUUGAUAUUUUGCAAGCCCAAAUGUACCGUGUGUGUGUGUGUGUGUGUGUGUGUGUGUGUGUGUGUGUGUGUGUGUGUAUGUGAGUGUGAGUGUGACAUGAAACUAGUAACGGGAAAAUAAAGUCUAUACAAGAUCAUCAGUUAUUUAGGUAUGGUUAUUCCCACAUGACAUGAAUGCAGCAUCGUCUGACAAAUCCUGGUUUUCUGUUCCUCAUGUAGACUUUUGGACAGAUUGAAGGAAAACCAGUUUUGAAAAGAAUUAUUUUGAUCAUAACUUUGCGACUGUUGAUUUUUUUUUGCUAGGGUGCUAAACAUGUCAUUCAGAUAUAUUGGGAAGGGGGGGCAGGCUGCAACUCUGUAUCUGUGAUGUCACAGCCUCACCGUCGCAGCUGUUUUGUGGUGGAUGUGUAGUCAAGUCAAAGCUCACCUUAUUCACAGUGACAGCAGCCUCUCUGUGCUGCUUUAACUGACACAUUGUUUCAACAUGAGGUGUCUGUAAUGUUCACUAAGUGUUAUAUUUGACAUUAUUUAAGUUUUGGAGCUAUCUGUGUUUUGGUUGUAGUGUAGCAAAGAACUGUACUGUUAGACAUGCUAUGAAUUUCAAUGCUUUACGUUACAUUAUUGAAUGUAGGACACACACACACACACCAAACUCUUGUUAAUCUGGGGGCUUUGACUACACCAACUAUCCAAACUGUGGCAUCCUGUUGGUAAAAUAAAGGAACAAA